AUGACCCUCGUUAGAACAUCAGAAACCGAGUACUUUGUCAUCUUCAUCGCCCACCACAUCUGCUUCGACAGAGCCAGCUUCACAAUCCUCUCAGAUGACUGGAUGGACCUCUACGACGCGAUCCGCUCCAGUCGAGACCUCGACACGGUCCCCUCCCCACCCAUCAUCUUUGCGGACUUCGCCCAAUGGCACAACACCCUCCUCAAGUUCCCACCAGCCCUCGCAAACCUAGACUUCUGGACCCAAGAGCUCACCAACCUCCCAACCGCCGGCACCCUCCUCCCCUUCGCCCAGCGAAAAACUCGCCCCUCAACCUGGCAAACCCACCGCCGUCACUUCACCAACCAACUCCCCUCCAAAUUCUCCAAACGCCUAAAGCGCAUCUGCGCCCACCUCUCCUCCACCCCCUUUCACUUCCUCCUCGCUGCGUGGCGAGCCUACCUGUUCCGGCACACCGCCGACAAAGAUUUCACAAUCCUAAUGCUAGAAGGCAACCGUCCCCACCCCGACGUCGAGUCUGUGAUCGGUUGCCUAGCUAACGUCCUCCCUCUCCGCUUCAACAACGACUGCUCCCUUCAGACACCCUUUGAAGAUGUCAUAACCUCCGCUCGGGACCUCACGCUUGAGGCGUUGGAGCAUGCGGAGGUGUCGUUUGAUGAUAUUGUCGAUCGUGUAGUUGGAAAGGAAAACAGACCAGAGGGGUAUAUGCCGCUGGGGCAGGUGGUGAUUAACUUCCAGAUGCAUGGUGGUGCGCCGUGGGAGUAUAGGCAUGCUGAUUUUGAGGUGGGGGUUCAUCGAUUGUAUAAUAUUGGACAUCCUUGCGAGCUGGUGCUGGAGGUUGUGGAGGGGGGGGAGGGGGAGUUUGGGUUUUUUAUGCAGCAUUGCAGUGCGCUUUAUCCGGAUGAGAUAUGGAUCGGUUUUGGGAGGGUUUUGUGA